AUGGAUCAUAUUCCCCGUCUAUCAGAGGUCAUGUAUGUUGGUCUGUGUCGUAAGAUAGGGGCACCGACAGAAGUGGCUAUCAGAAGGAACGUGUCGGACAUAAAAGAUAUGAUAGAGAAACCUGUUAAUAAUCAUAAUGGAUAUGCUGUAAUGGAAAGUGGUAGUAAUAGAGAGGGAUUUCGGCUGAGUUCAUCUGACAUUGAUAUAAUGUUAUGGUGUUGUAAUUAUAAAUUAAUCACUGACAUCUCCCAGUCUCGGUUUUAUAAUACAUCAAAGCAUAAUAUUGUGCUAAUGGAAGAUUCUGAUACACCGCCAGGAUUUGUCAGAUUACUCCUCCUGACACCACUGCCAUACAUAGGCAUGGUACCAUGUCUUGUUUUCUUUAAUGGCGGGGCUUAUUUAUCAAGUCUGCUGUGGAGAGAACACUAUUUUCAAUACAGGAUUAAGAGAGUUCCUAACCCCGAAAAUGUCAGAAUCCAUGGUCCUUGUAGUAGUACUUUCUAUGGACCUAUCGAAUUCGAUGUAGCUCACUGUUUAGCCACAUUUCCUUGGCCUAAACUAGUAAGAAGUUGGGUUGACAGAUGCCAGAGACACACCUGGCCGCCGGUAUCUGUGUUGGAAAAAAUCCUAAAAAGUGAAUGUCACUGUAUGCCUAUUGGUCAUGUUGGUAGUAAAGUUGAUGUGACUCCUAACGAACUGGAAUGGAGGUUAUCAUUUUCUCAAGCCGAGCAACAACUAGUGUGUACCAUGAAUCAUGCACAAUUUCUAUGUUACGGACUCCUGAAAAUAUUUCUGAAGGAAGUUAUCAAUUGUGGGGAGGAUAAAUUACUGUGUUCAUAUUACAUGAAAACCACAAUGUUCUGGAUGAUGCAAUUAGGACAAGUGAGAUGGUGCCCAAACAGCUUACUGGAUUGCUUUUGGAGUUGUUUUAAAUAUCUUCUUCAUUGUGUUUAUCGUGGGGUUUUCCCUAAUUUUUUUAUCGCACAGAACAACAUGUUCAUGAACAAAAUUGUUGAUGAUUCACGUGAAUCUCUUUUACAAAAGCUUUAUCAGUAUUACAGAAUGGGCGUGUCCUGUCUACUGUCGAGUCCAACUCUCAGAUCAAUCCUUGAACCAGCCCUAACUAGCUUUGUGUUAUAUCCUGCUGAGGGAGAAUUCAUAAAACAAGACGAUAUGACAAAGCAGUACGAUUCAGUAAUCUCACUAAACGAAAAUUGUUAG